AUGAGUAUUAAAAAGCCAUGUUACAUUUGGGAUCAAUCUUUAAUUGAUGAAUGUGAUCGUCUACCAGCAAUUCCGAACAGAGCUUCUUUGGUACACGACCUUAUAAGGUCUUAUGGACUCACUGAUCAUUUUAAAGUAGUUCGGCCAACACCAGCAUGCUAUGAAGAUUUAAAAGUAUUCCACUCAGAAUUGUACUUGGACCAUUUAAAGUCUUUUCUUGAAGUAGAAGAUGAUUAUAUGACAAAUGCACAAGAUGAGAGGUAUGGAAUAGGAUAUGAUUGUCCACCAUUAUCCAACAUUUAUGAUUUAGUGUCAGUUAUAGCAGGUGGUUCAAUUACUGCUGCUAAAUGUUUAUUACUAGGGAUAUCAGAUGUGGUUAUAAAUUGGUGUGGGGGAUGGCAUCAUGCUAAGAGAUUUCAAGCACAAGGUUUUUGUUAUGUUAACGACAUUGUAUUAGCUAUUGAAAAGUUAAGAUUAAAAUUCAACAGAAUAUUGUAUAUUGAUUUGGAUGUCCACCAUGGCUCCGGUGGCAUUGAUGACAUUGGUACAAUGUCAGGCUAUGGUUAUAAGUGUAAUUUUCCACUUCAUGCAUUUUAUACUGAUAAAACUUUGGACUUUGCAUUUGGAAAGGUUUUCCCCUUAAUCUGUUCAAGUUUUAGGCCAGAUGCCAUAGUUAUGCAAUGUGGUGCUGAUGCUUUAGCUUAUGAUCCACAUGGUGGAGCAUCCUUAACAGAAAACUCCUAUAAAAGCUGCCUUACUAAAGUUUUGGAAGAACAAAAACCUACAAUACUUUUAGGUGGUGGUAAG